UCCUCCGCCAGAAAAAAUGUGGAGAUAAAGGCCACAAUCCGGAGAAAUGUCCUUCCCUUUGACUUAGACCACCAAAAACUCCCCGAGGCAAUGAGGAAUUUCCUUGAUUUUCUCAAACGGAUGCUCCUCCCACUCACCAUCCUCGCCAUAGCUCACCUCUCCGCCAGCCAAGGGACCCAACCCCUGUCACAGCCCCAUGGCCUAGAGCACCUCCUCCCCCAGUUAUCUCGCCGGGGGAAGCAGCAAUUGGAUCUCCAAAAGGAAGAGUCAAGGGCAGAGUUCCGUGCAAUUAUUGCAUGGAUCCUCUGCUUCAUAGCUGCCUCUGUUUCGAGUGCAGGAGGGGUUGGUGGUGGCUCCCUCUACCUCCCCAUCCUGAACCUUGUGGCUGGCCUAGACCUCAAGUCAUCCACCAGCUACUCAGCCUUCAUGGUCACGGCAGGGUCAUUAUCCAAUGUGAUGUAUAAUAUCUUCUUCACAAGCCCUGGUUCUGGAGGCAAGUCCUUGAUCAACUAUGAGAUUUGUCUGCUCUCGGAGCCAUGCAUGCUCUUAGGGGUGAGUAUUGGGGUGGUUUGCAACCUUAUGUUCCCAGAGUGGCUAAUCACUGCCCUUUUUGCCGCCUUCCUUGCAAGCUCCACAUAUAAGACCUGCAGUGCUGGGUUCAAGUGCUGGAAAUUAGAGACAGAGGAGGUGAGGAGAGGUGAGGCUUUUAGGAUUGAGAGGGGUGGGAAUGAAGUGGAUGACAAGGGGAUGGAGGUGCCUCUCUUAGGUGGGGGAGAAGUGGGUGGGCUGAGAGUUCCUUGGAAGGAUCUGGUGGUCUUGCUCAUGGUCUGGUUCUGUUUCUUUGUGCUACAUGUCCUCCUAGGAGAUGAGGACGGGAAGGGUGUUACGAACAUAAAACCAUGUGGAGUUGCAUAUUGGCUCAUCACAUCAUCCCAAGUUCCUUUUGCCGUUGGUUUUACAGCAUAUAUUCUGUAUGACAAGAAAAAGAAAAGGUUACAACCUCAAAGUCAACAAGAAAUAGAUGGCAAGGACAUUGCAGUGGAAACCAAGAUUGAAGCCUUGCCCAUGUUUGUUUUUCCAUCAGCUGCCCUCUUCACAGGGGUUUUAGGUGGCCUUUUUGGCAUUGGUGGAGGAUUGCUCAUAAACCCUGUGCUUCUUCAGAUCGGAAUACCUCCCCAGAUUACGGCAGCAACAACCACUUUCAUUGUUCUGUUCUCAGCUUCGAUGUCCAUGGUUCAGUAUGUCAUCCUGGGCAUGAAGGGGAUCCCUCAAGCUUCAAUUUAUGCGGCGGUUUCUUUUGUGGCUUCGGCUAUUGGGUUGGCUAUCAUAGAGAAAGCCAUAGAAAAGUCAGGUAGGGUGUCUCUCAUUGUGUUUAUGGUUAGCAUGGUGAUGGCUCUAAGCACGGUUUCGAUCACUUGCUUUGGAGCAAUUGAUGUUUGGAGACAAUACACUACCGGGAGCUACAUGGGCUUCAAACCACCUUGUUAAGCUUUCUAUAAGCCUCUGCAUGUUAUAAGCAAAUGGUGUUCGGCUUCUUAAGAAGAGAGAGCUCCACAAGCGUAUAAUAGAGCCCAUUUGUCUCUAAUGUAGAAGAGGAAGAUGGACUUGUAAUCUGAUAUUAGUCCUCUGAAUUUGGGCCUUUGUGCCUCAUCUGUCCCUUAUCUGGAGAGAGCCGCUUGCUUAAUUUUAAUCUCUUUGAAACAAAGCAGUAUGAACGUUCCAUCCUCUCUGGAAAAAGAGGAAAAUAUUACCAAGAAAGAAAGAAAGAAAGAUAUUAACCUA